ACCCCUCCUCAAAUAAAAAAGCUUCAGUGUCACAAUAUACAAGAAUAGCUGGUGUCAAUCGGGAGUUGCCACAUAACAAUGCUGGCUCCAAAAUGCACCACGAUUGCUUUUCACGAAGCCACAACUUACCGUAAGGUCUCAAGAAGAUAACCCUUUUGGGAUACAUAACGAUAAUUCAUUCGUCCUCGGAACCAGCCAUACAACGCUUACACCCCACCCGCUGACUCGUGGUACUGCCUCAUAGAAACUAUAUAAGACCUACGCGAGCAUCGGACAGCACCUGCUGGUGUCAUUCAAAUUGUUUCUAUCUCUACUUGUUAUUACUGAAUUUCUAUCCCAAAAUGAAGAUCGGCCUAAAUCCAAACACCAUACAAACGCCAAAUAGCGCUACUCAUGAGCCAAAUCAAGUGAGUACCAUGGGCAGCAGCGCAGCAUGUUUGACAAGAUAUAAAAUCCCUAGCUAUCUUGUCAAUCCCGAGAGACUCAUUGUGGUAUUACGAGCCAAAUUCAACGAAAAUUACAAAGUUAAAGUCAGGAAUGACAACUACUCGAUAUCAACGCCCAGAAAGCUUACCGAGAACGAACUCAUUCAGUGUUACUGAGCUAUGUGCUCUAUUUGUCCAUUAGACACCAGCCAUGAAUGUAAUCUUACAUCUUUUAUGUUUCGGAAACCGCAAAGCAUAUGACACGCGAGUAAGACAUAAUGACAGUACCAAAUUAGAAUAGCAUGAUAAGGCCGGCUUAGUGGUCGAUCGACACAAAAUGUGGGGCUCAAAUAGGGGGGCCGGAUAGGAGAGAAUGAUAUUAUCAUCAUACCACCAAAAAAAAAACCAAAAAAAAAAAAAAAAAUUUGGCUACGAUGUAGGUAAUCAAACAAAGUAGUACGAAAUGUUAGCUGCUUCCUAU